AAGCUAGAGGCGAUCAACCUCAAGAUUCUCCGAUUCAUCGCCAACAAUGGCCGCCCACCGCCUCCACUUCCUUUUGGUUCCCCACAUAGGUCCUGGCCAUUCCAUUCCUAUGAUCGACAUGGCCAAACUACUUGCAAAACAACCUAAUGUUAUGGUCACCAUCGCCACCACGCCUCUCAAUGCCACCCGAUUCGGUGCCACUCUCGCCGGAUCCAUCAACGCCGGACUUUCCGUCCAAUUCCUUGAGCUCCCAUUUCCGGCAGCUGAGGCUGGAUUGCCUGAAGGAUGUGAAACCACAGAUAAGAUCCCUAGUUUGGAUUUAGUCCCAAACUUUUUAGCUGCAAUUGGUGAAACUGCUGAUAAAUAUCACAUACCAAGAAUCAUGUUUGAUGGAAUGAGUUGUUUUAACGAAUUAUGUUGCAACAAUUUGUAUGUAUCCAAGGUGUUCGACUGUUUGCCUGAAUCAGAACCAUUUAUAGUCCCUGGUUUACCUGAUAGGAUCGAGCUAAGGAGAAACCAACUCCCAGCCGAGUUUAACCCGAGCUCGAUUGACACAAGCGAGUUUCGUCAACAGGCUAGGGAUUCCGAGGUGAGGGCUUAUGGAGUUGUGAUCAAUAGUUUUGAGGAGUUAGAACAAGAAUACGUGAACGAGUAUAAGAAGUUAAGAGGGGGUAAGGUUUGGUGUAUCGGGCCAUUGUCGCUAUGCAAUAGUGACGAUUCUGAUAACGCUCAAAGAGGAAACGUAGCUUCGAUCGAUGAAGAACAAUGCCUGAAGUGGCUCGAUUCCCACGAACCCGAAUCUGUGGUUUACGCUUGUUUUGGUAGCCUUGUUCGGGUUAACACUCCACAACUCAUCGAGCUCGGGUUAGGCCUUGAAGCAUCCAACCGUCCGUUCAUUUGGGUGGUUAGAUCCGUUCAUAGAUCAAAUGAGGUCGAAGAAUGGUUAGCUGAAAGUGGUUUUGAGGAAAGGAUCAAAGACAGAGGGUUGCUAAUCCGAGGUUGGGCGCCACAAUUGCUUAUCUUGUCUCACCCCUCGGUUGGAGGGUUCUUAACACACUGUGGAUGGAAUUCGACUCUAGAAGCAGUGUGUGCUGGCGUUCCCUUGAUUACGUGGCCUCAAUUUGCCGAGCAGUUUAUAAACGAGAAGCUAAUUGUGCAAGUAUUGGGGACUGGUGUUGGUGUUGGAGCCGAUGCUGUUAUUCAUGUUGGCGAAGAAGAUCGGUAUGGUGUGAAAGUGAAGAAUGAGGAUGUGAAGAAGGCUAUCGAGAAGGUGAUGGAUGACGGGAUCGAAGGAAACGAGAGGCGAAAGAGAGCAAAAGAGCUCGGAAAGAUGGCAAAUAAAGCGAUAAAGGAGGGAGGGUCUUCUCACCUGAAUCUGACACUACUAAUCCAAGACAUAAUGCAUCAUGCAAAUGCCACAAGCUAAGAAUCUUUAUCAAAAGAUAAUGAAAAACACCAUUCUUGAAUUGUAUCUGGAUGCAAAAACAGUAGUAUUUAAUCGAUUGUCGUCCAUGACGUGACACUGAUGUCAAAUCUCAUGUUCUAAGAGUUACGACAAGAUCACGACGACGAUAAUAAGGACGAGACUUAUAGUGAAGACUCCAUAUAAUAUAUUUUAUGUAUUAUGUAUUAUAUAUUAUAUACUGACGAAUAUGUUUUCUACUAUUGUUUAAUGACGUAAUGGUAUUAAACGGUU